AUGCACGGAAUAAGGUGGGGCUUCGGUAGGCGCGUGGUAACUCCUGAUGAGGAAGCAGCCAUAGGCGACACUACGCCGCUACUCGGUUCGGAACGCUCUUACCGCAGCGAAGAGGCUGGAAGCGACUUUCCGCCAACCAUGGAUUGCAAUAAUGCUUCCGCCGCCACGUCUUCAGCAACACCACGUCCGGUGACUCCCUUUGUUGCCGAACUACCGAUUAUUCAUAGCCCAUCGUUACCGGCAGUCAUACACAGCUCAGGCCCUAGGCUGUCCGUCCUCCAGUCGUUCAGGCUUAGCAAGUUAUACCGCAAUCGGUUCCUAUCGCCUACAGAACUGUCCUGCCAUACCGACCACUCCACAGCACAGAUGGAGUCGCAAAUUCAAAAUGACGACAAGAGCCUAAUAAUCGAAAUACUGUCACCCGUUCUCGACCACCUGAAGGAACUGAAGGCGUUGACACCCGAGACUCUACAGGACCACAAUCAGACCCUCAACAACGAGACGCACGCUCAGGUUCUUAAGCAGAAACUGCUACCGAUAGGUCAGCUUAUCGUGGACAGCCUCGAAACAGUCCCACUGGACCACCGGGGUUGGUUAGAGGGAGCUAUAUGCCAUCACAUCGCCGACAAUUACUGGCCGCUGCCUGUCAACUUCUUCACCCAUCUGAAGAUCCAGGAGAAAUACCGCAAUGCGCUCUUCAGGUUGGCGCAGCGCACACCUCCCGGAGCCAUCGAGCCGCAUCCCAACAAGGACUCUCAGCAGCCUCAAGCACCAGCUAUCGAGCCUGAUCCGCCCCAACCAUCGCUGGACCCGAGGGAUAUUCCGGACACGCCACCAUUCCCCAAAUCGACCGCUGAGCAACCUCAAGCAUCAGCUAUCGAGCAAGAUCCGCCCCACCCGUCGCUGGAACCGAGGGAUGAUUCGGAUACCACUGCACCAUUUCCCGGAUUGUCCAUUCAGCAGCUACAAUCAUCAGUCGUUCAGGCCGCUCCGGGCUCUGGGGACUUUCUAGAUCUAAACUUUUACGAGUUGAGAGCAGAGGCUAUUGAAGAGGCCGAUGCGAGGGACUUGGACAACGCUAAGCCUGAUCCUAACACCAUCCUUUACAACUACAUGCUGCCCCCCGAUCAUAUGACCAAAUGUGUCAUACCAUUAUUUGCGACACGCGGCCUGCUGGCAGAUCUUGAGCUCGGCGUGGCCACGAAGAUGAGCCACGAGUAUCAAGACUCUAGGCAAAACCUGAGUGCAAUGCUCGAUUAUGACAUGCGUUGUUGCAUCCUCUUUCUGACUCGCAAACGGCCCGAUCUCCAACCAUUCGAAGUACUGUGGUGCGCUGUAAGUGGGGUUCUGAAGUUGCACAAACCCUCGUUCGACAGAUACGUUCAGGCACCUACAAAGAUUCGCCAAAGGGUCAGACGAGACGGAAUAGCAGCGUUUCAGAGAAUGAUAAAAGCCCCAGAUUUCGACCACGUUGACCAAUACCUUUGGAACGCGAUGAGGGUGCUUGAGAUCUAUACUAGACCUCUGGUUACAAAAGAAAGUGUAUUCCUCUGGAUCGAUUCCUUUCGUCUUGAGAACAUCGACGUCAUCUACGAUUUACGCCUAGAUGGCGCGAAAGCUCGAAAGAAAUUGUUCGAUUACCUCGAAGAGAGGCAUCCUGGUGGCGAAUCCAUAUGGCACAGCCUCGUGCAGAACUUCCACAGCCAUGAUGUAGUCAAAUUUCCAGAGUACGCUACUCGACCACGCUCAAUCGAAACCAUUACUACCUGGGUAUAUUUCUUCACUGAAGCUCGACAGGGUGUUCUACUGAAGGGAAUGGAAUUCGACGCAUUAGUCCUCGAUGAAGCUGUAGCAGCUGUAGCAGCGGAGAAAAAGAAACCGAAAAAGAAGAACAAGCCGAGGAAACGUAAAGGUGCCAAAUCGGGGGAGCUGCCUGAUGAGAAGGAGCUGCCAGUUGCUCAAGAGAAGUGCACAUCUCAAGACCUUCCUGUGUCUCUUGAACAACCUCCACAGAGGGACGACACGACACCGCAAGAGGAGUCUGUAACUCAAGAACAACACACAUCCCCAGAGCAAGCUCUACCCCAGGAAGAGCCCCAAACCAAAAAGCAGCGCUUAUCUAGAGAGCUAUCGACUACGCCUACACCUUGUGGACCUACACCCUUUUCAACGCUGGAAGAGAAGGAGAAGAGCGAGCAGAAGCAGUCAACAGAGCAGUUAAAGAAGCAAAGAAAGAAGCAAUCGAGAUGGGAGAAGAAACAUGGCAAGGCAGGAAAAUCCGACGCUAAGAAGCAAGCAGCCUCAAUCACGGUGGAGGAGUCUUCGCCAUCCGUUGUCGCGAAGGCCGAUGACGGUGGUGACAGUGUUACUGGAAACGCCGACAAGGAUAACGACGGUGUUAUUGGCAGCAGUGUUAUCAACGACGGUGGUGACCUUGGUGGCCACUUGUCUGCGGCUGAUUCGGUUCCUAGCGAUGAAGCGCCUACCAAUCAAGAGACGGUUCAAGAGCAUCCAAGCAACAGGUACGAAGUUUUGAUGGCCAAGCCGUCGAAACACGCUGGGAAGUCCGCCGGAAAGCUAGCGUUCCAUGCCGAUAGUGAAGAUGACAUGAAGAAGGCCAUGGAGGAGAGUCUUCUGAACGACCCGGGUAGUUGGUCAAAGGUGCAAGGGCGCGCGAAAGUGCGACCAAAGCAGAAGCAGAAACAGCGCACCGACGAUCGCAAGAGUAUCCAAGAUGCGUACAGAGAGAGAGGCUAUGCAACUGCUGUUACCGAUGUUCAGUUGGAUAGGGCAAGAGCUGAAGUGAAAUCGAGAGAGGUACGGGCGGACUAUCUCAGAUCUAAAAUAACGAGAUUGUCUGCUCUAAUACCAGGUGAGGGCAGCGCCAAAUCAAUCAAAGAACACAACAGCCCCGCUUGCGGGCAGCCUACAUCCUGGUCAGCGCUUUUCAAACCUACGGAGAAUGACACGGGGCGCAACCCUCCUCAAGAAGCCGCUCCGUCUACGAAUGCUGUCGACACGCGACCGCGUACCGCAACUGCCACGGAGAACCGUGAACCCAUUCGAGAGAGCGCACAAUCUGCGAGCCAUCACAUUCUUGCGCAAUCAGAACCACUCGUAAGGCAAGAGCAAUUCAAGGACUCAAAGCCGUCCAAGGUUGUUGCCGGCGCGGCAUCGACUCCCACAUCAGGCACAGAGAACAGUGAGUCUAUCAAGGAGACCGUACGGCCUGUCAGCCAUCACACGACUAUGCAAUCAGAACCACCAGUUCAUCAAGAGAGUCUCAAGGAUCUGAAGCUGUCUAAGGACGUGGCGGGCGCAGGAUCGACUUCCACGUCAGGCACGGAGAAGAGCAAUUCCACCAAGGAGACAGUACAGCCUGUAGAUUCUCAGCAUUUUGCGGAACAAGAAGGUCCGGCGGAUAAGGGGGCAUCCGGGGACUUUACACCAUCGGAAGAUGCUGCGGGUGCGGGAUCGACUUCCACAUCUGGCAUAGAGAACAGCAGUCCGAUCAAGAAGACGGUACUGCCUGCGGACCCUCGAGACAUUGCGCAAUCGGAACAUCUGGCAGAGAAGGAGAAACCCAUGGACCUGGCGCCAUGCGAAGAUGCUGUUGGUGCAAAAUCAACUCCUGCGUCCAGCGCAAAGAACGAAAGCUCCACCACAGAGAUCGCACAAACUGUCGAGCUUCACUCCUUUGCGCAAACAAGGAAACCGAUGGACGAGGAGGCUCCCGAAACUCGCCACAGGCGUAGGGCCAGCUCGCCGCCAUCUGUGAGUUCUCUCACUCCUUCGCAGCCGCAACUGCCGGUGGAUGAAGAGGAGUCCAAGGACUGCAACGUUCAUGAGGACGGUCCGCCGCCACCUGUGAGUCCUCACGCUUCUGCGCAAUCGCAACCGCCAGUGGAUGAAGAGAAACCCAAGGACUACAACGGCCAUGAGGACCACGCAGAAUCAAUUGCGGAAGAUGAUACCCCAAGCCAGCCUUCAAUCGUGAUCGACUCGGCCAUGUCGCAUGUGGAGCAGUGGCUUGCAAGCAAAUAUGCGGCUGCCUUCGCCGGGCUCACGCAAGCGGAAAUAGACGAUGCGCACUGGCGACCUCAGCAGUCAGCCGCGACUUAG